CAAAAACAUUUGUUUUUAUAUAUACGCAUAGUAAGAAAAAAAUAAAUAGUUUCCAAAAAUGUGGCGAAGUUCUAAACAAGAGUGGGAGAGGCGAAAAACUUACUUGAUAAGAAGUUUAUUUGAGGAUAUACCUAUGUUGUCCCCUAUAAAUGAAAGCGAGGAGCCAACGCUGUUAUCGCCAAGUGAUGAAAUAUAUAGACCAGAGAGUCCUUUGCCAGAUUUAAUAAUAGAAAAAGAGCCGCGGAAAUAUCUUGAAGAUGAAACCGAAGAAUUCUAUAACAAAUUAGCGAAAGAAAUGAGAAGACUUUAUAAAAGAGACUUUUUAAACAUAGACUACGAUACGCUCAGUUGUGAUAGUACAGGUCUUGAAAGUGGAGACGAUAAUCUAAUGCAACAAGGUACUAGUUUUGAUACCGAAAACAGAAUCUUAGCGAGCGACAAAUUUAUUCAAGAAGCUAUUCUGGAUAAAGAGGAAUAUUCUCCUCAAACUACCAGCGACGAAACAAAUCAGGAAGCGACUAGAUCGACGAGUUGUAACUCGGAGAGUACCGAAUCAGAAGAGAAUAGCGGGCAUGAACAAAUAAUAACAAAAGCCGAUGUCCACACAGUUGUUGUCAAAAUGUCGAAACAAUCAUUGCAUGAAAGUGAUUCAAGCAAGGAAUGGGAUAAAAGCAGCCAAAGUUACUUGACAAAACAAACUGAUACGUCCUCCUCUUCCAUGAGAAGCGAACAGAGCUGCGUUGCAGGUGCAUACGAAAUAGAAACUAGACAAGGAGUAGAAAAGGAACUUGCAAAAACUACAGAAGCAAGUGCAAGGAGUAGCAGUCCGGUAAGUCACAAUGAAACACCAGAAAUUAUGAGACGGCUCCAGACAAUAUGCCCUGAAGAUUCUUUACCGCAUCAUGAAGUACCCAUUUGUGAAAGUAUCGAUAGAGACAUUAGUGAGAGUUUUGGAAUCGAAAUUGCAAACGUGGUAGCUUCAGGUAGUGAAAUGGAAUUAGCCGAUUCCUCUGUCACUGAUUUUAAUAUACUUUGUACCGUAACAUCCACACCAAAAUCAUUAAAGAAAGUCAGUAGUCCUCGGUCGAGGAUAAUUAAAAAACAUAGAAAGCGUUUAGUUUCGUACUCAUCUUCGUCAAGCGGAAGUAAAGAUGCAAAGCGCCAGGCAGCGCUUCAAACAUCAUUUUCAGAUGAUGAACCGGCUUGGAACCUUUGGAAUAACUUUUUUGUAGGCAUACCGACCGUUUACAACAUUUGUUCUUGUAACAAUCAUGUUUGUUCAUAAAGAAUAAUAUUUUGAUUGACUGAUUUAUUACUAAUUUAUAUUUUCUACUCAAUGUAGA